AAUGACGAGGAAGGCGUCCUCGCCGACAUCCAGCUCCUCUUCACAGCUUACUUCGACUCCACCAUGGUGAUGGUGACGGCGCACGGUAGCGCCUUCACCGACACCGUCACCCUUGGGAAAGACGAGACGGUUUCUAUGCGCAUCCCCAGGAACAUGGAGCUUGUCGGCAACCGGCUUUCGGAUAAAGCCGUCUUGAUUCAGUCCACCAAGGAGAUCUCCGUGGUCUUUGUCAGCUCCAAAAGUUACACCAUGGGUGCCACCACUGUUUUGCCCGUAGAUAAGUUGGGCAACAAAUAUUACGUGGUGACGCCAGACGACACCAAGAAAGAAGGCUUGAAGGAGUUUGUUGUGGCAGCCGGGAAGACUUCGACCAUCGUUUCCAUCAACGUCAAGGGCAAGUUUUAUUUCAGAGGGAGGAAUUAUUUCCCUGGGUCCACCCUCCGUGUCUUCUUGAGCCCCUACCACAGCUUGCAACUGCAAAGCAGCUACGAUUUGUCCGGCACUAAGAUCACAUCGGACAAUGCUGUCGCCGUCUUCAGCGGACACAGCUGCGUGAAGGUGCGCACGGGCUGCGAUUACGUGGUCGAGCAGCUUCUGCCUGUCGCCGCGUGGGGGAAAGCCUACAUCGUCCCCCCCAACCCCUUGCAGAAGGACACCGACUUUGCCUACGUCGUGGCAGCCAAGGAAGCCUCCGUCACCUACAACAGGGGUAAUUCAACUGCCACCAAGAACGUUGAGGCUGGGGAGGUCCACAAGUUUGAGAUUAGACAAAAUUCGCCUCUUUACGUGAGCGCUUCGGCUGCAAUUCAGGUGGUUUUCUUCUUCACCGGUGCCAAGAAGGGCUCACUUAGGCAAGACCCCUUCCUACUCAACAUCCCACCCAUCUCCACCUACUGCACGUCCUACCGGGUCAGCAGCCUGGAUGGCUACGAGAACCACCUGGUCCUCAUCGCCCGUAACACGGACACCAGCACCACCACCCUCAACCAGAAGUCGGAGAGGAGCAUGUCCUGGCAAGCAAUUCCCGGCACAGACUUCUCCUGGGCCACCGUCACCAUGAGGAAGCCGGCAGAAAUCCAGACGGCUGAGCACCAGCAGACACCCCUUGGGCUCCUGGUCUUCGGCUUCCAGAAUUACGUCGGUUACGGUUUCGCUGGUCUUUGUGCCACGACUUCUGCUCCGCUUUCCUGCGAAGACCUGGACUGCAAGGAGAAGUGCGAGGUGGUGGACGGACAACCCACUUGCAUCCAAGGAACCGUCUCAACCUGCUGGGCCACCGGCGAUCCCCACUACCAAACCUUUGAUGGAAAAGCCUUCGAUUUCAUGGGAACGUGCACCUACAUCUUGACCAAGACCUGUGAUCUGGACCCGACCCUGCCCGUCUUCAGCGUUGAGGCCAAAAAUGAACACAGGGGCAACCCGAAAGUCUCCUACAUCGGUGCCGUGACUGUCCGCAUCUAUGAUGUUACCAUCGCUGUGGUCAGGUCCGAGAACGGGAUCGUGAGGGUGAACAACCAUCGCUCCCACCUCCCCAUCUCCCUCGCCCAAGGGAAACUCCGGCUGCAGCAGAAAGGCAAGUCUGUGCUGAUUAAAACCGACUUCAAGCUGAAGAUCCUCUACGACUGGGAUGACCACGUGGUGGUGAAGCUCCCCAGUAUGUUCUCCGGCAAAGUGUGCGGGAUGUGUGGCAACAGCAACGGCGACCCUCAGGAUGAUUCCCUCAUGCCUGACGGCAACCUGGCACAGGAGACCGUGGAGCUGGGCCGGAGCUGGAAGGUGGCCAAUGAGAGCCGUCGCUGCUGGGACAGCUGCAGCGGGGACUGUGGACGUUGCCAAUGGGAUGAGGCGGCGAAGUACAAGGAGGAGACGUCGUGCGGGUUGCUCACCCAACCUCUGGGGCCCUUCGAGCGCUGCCACGCCACCGUCGACCCCAGCGUCUACCUGAAAAACUGCGUCUACGACCUCUGCAUGAACGAUGGGCUCCACGCCGUGCUGUGCCAAGCCCUCAAAGCCUACGCGGACGACUGCCAGGAGGAGGGAAUCACCGUUUCUGACUGGAGGACGCUGGCACGUUGUCCUCUCUCCUGUCCAAAGAACAGCAAUUACACCGCGUGCGGCACUGCGUGCCCCAACACCUGCAACAACGGCGCGAUGCCCGCUGACUGCGGUGCUUCGGCCUGCGUGGAGACCUGCGAGUGCCAGGAGGGCUUCGUGUUUGACGCCAACGAGUGCAUCCCCCGGGAUGAGUGCGGCUGCGUCUUCGAGGGCCGCCUCCACGGUCUCCAUGAGGAGUUUUGGGGUGACACCACCUGUACCAAACGCUGCGUCUGCGACGCGACAUCCCGGAGGGCCGUAUGCCAAUGGGCCAGCUGCCGUGCCGGGGAAGAAUGCCGGGUGGAGGAGGGCAUCCAGGAUUGCUAUCCCAAGAGCUACGGGAUCUGCACAGCGGUCGGUGCCACCCGCUACGAGAGCUUUGACGGCAGGAAGUUCAUCUUUCAGGGCACGUGCAUAUACCAGUUCGCUGGGUUGUGCAAGAAGAACCAAGAUCUGGUGGACUUCCAGGUGCUGAUGCAGAACGGCCGCCAGGACGACGAACCUCUCCCCUCCAUCGCUUUCGUGACAGUCAAAGUCUACGACAAAAACAUUGUGAUCAGCCAGGAACACCCUGGCAAAAUCACGAUCGAUGACCGGUUGGUCAACCUACCCUAUCACCACAGAGAUAGGAAGAUCUUCAUCUACAGAAGUGGGCAGGAAGUGGUGGUAGAGGCAGACUUUGGCCUCACCGUCACCUCCGACUGGCAAAACCAAAUCACCGUGUCAGUGCCCAGCACUUACGCGAACACCCUGUGUGGCCUUUGCGGGAACUACAACGGGAACGAAGACGAUGAGAUGAUGAUGAAGAACGGCCAAGUGACAUCAAACCCAGACACCUUCGGGCACAGCUGGAAGGUUGCCGACAUCCCGGGUUGCGUGGAGGUGUCGAAGGUGGAAUGUCCUGCCAUCGCGGCGGCUCUGCAGCACCAGAAGGUCUCAAAAAUGGGUUGUGGAAUCAUCCAGCAAGCGGAUGGCCCCUUCGUAGCUUGCCAUGCUCACGUGGACCCCGUCAAAUACUUCCAAACCUGCGUGCAUGAUUUUUGCCUCUUCCCAGACCAGGAAGGUGUGAUAUGCCUGAUCAUCGCCCGCUACGCUGCUGCCUGCCGGGAUGCUGGCGUGACCAUCGGGAAAUGGAGGACGGACGAUUUCUGCAGUAUUUCGUGUCCUGCAACCAGCCACUACGAGAUCUGCUCCCAGGGCUGCAGCCAGACCUGCAGCAGCAUCUACACCCCGGUGAAAUGCUCGGAGCGGUGCAAGGAGGGCUGCGUGUGCAACGAAGGCUUCGCGCUCAGCGGUGACGAGUGCGUCCCCGUGUCCCAGUGCGGAUGCCUCCAUCAGGGCUUCUACCACAAGGUGGAGGAGACCUUCUUCCCCACCAAGCAGGAGAAAUGUCAGUGCCAGGCUGGCGGCACUGUGGUCUGCCAAAACAUUUCUUGCCCCGAAGACAGCGAAGGCAAAGACAUUGAUGGCAUCUUCCAAUGCCCAUCUGCCUCGCUCGGGGCCUGCGUGGCCACCGGUGACCGCACCUAUAUCUCCUUCGAUGGGAUGGCUUUCAACGUCUCGGGCACCUGCUCCUACAUCCUCACGGAGACCUGUGCCGGUGACAAUGUCAAACCGUUCGUUGUGAAAAUCAAGAAGGACGCCCGGCAGAAGAAGAAGGUCUCUGGCAUCCAAGCAUUGUCCGUUGAAGUCUACGGCCUCACGUUGACUUUGACGCGAGGCAAGAGGGGAGCUGUCACGGUGGACUCCAUAUCCCACCACCUCCCGGCCAUCCUGAGCAAUGGACGGGUCCAGGUGCUCCAACACGGGAUGGGUAUCCUACUUCAGGCUGACUUCGGCCUUGUCAUACGCUAUGACCUCCUCUACCACGUGACGGUCACAGUCCCGCAGAGCUACCAGGGCCACCUGUGUGGGCUCUGUGGCAACUACAACGGGCAACGCAACGAUGAUUUCCUCCUCCCCGGUGGCCAACAGGCCCCCAACGCGGUGGUCUUUGGCUCUGCUUGGAAAACGCCUGAUGCGUCCUGCGAUGAUGACUGUCCCAAGGAUGACUGCCCUGUCUGCACGGAGAAGAAGGCGGCGGUCCUGCAGAAAGCCAACUACUGCGGCAUCCUCACGGUCCCAAAAGGCCCCUUUGACUCCUGCCACAACCUCAUCAACCCAGCCCUGUAUUUCCAAGCCUGCCUCCAUGACCUUUGCCUCGCCGAGGGGGACACCCGCGUCCUCUGCCAGAGCAUCCAGAGCUACGCGACAGCCUGCCAAGACGCCGGUGUCGUCAUUGAGGCUUGGAGAAGACCAUCCUUCUGCCCCCUCAGCUGCCCGGCCAACAGCAGCUACUCCCUCUGCGCCAACCUCUGCGCCAACAGCUGCGCAGGGCUCGUAGAUGCCUCCAAAUGUCCCAAAACCUGUCUCGAAGGCUGCCGCUGCGAUGCAGGGUACGUCUUUGACGGGCAAGGCUGCGUUCCCAAGGACAAAUGUGGAUGCUUUGUGGAUGGGAAAUAUUACGAGCCCCACGAGUCGGUCUUGAAGGAUAACUGCCAGCAGCGUUGCACGUGUGUCCCCGGCAAGGACUUGACUUGCAGCAGCCACAGCUGCACCGAUGAUGAAAGCUGUGAAAUCCAGGAUGGGGUCUUGGGUUGCAUCAACCAAAACCCCUGCAAAGCCCUUCGGUGCCGGCCUAAGGAGAGGUGCAAAUUGAAGGACGGCCAAGCCAAGUGUGUCCCGUCCCUGGUUGCCACCUGCUGGGGUUGGGGGGACCCCCACUACCACACCUUCGACGGGCUCGAUUUUGACUUCCAAGGCACCUGCACCUACACCAUGGCUGAAUCCUGCGGGAACGACACCAGAUUGGUACCCUUCAAGGUGGAGGGCAAGAACGACAUCCGUGGUGGGGUGAAAUCCGUCUCCUACGUGAGCUUGACCAACAUCAAAGUCUACAGUCAACACGUCUCCAUCCACCGGAAGGAAGUGGGCAAAGUCAGGGUGAACGGGGUGAUGACGCUGCUGCCGGUGAGCCUGGAGGAUGGCAAGGUGCAGGUCUUCCAGAGCGGGCUUAGCGCCGUGCUGGAGACAGAUUUUGGGCUCCGCGUAACGUACGACUGGAACUGGCAUCUGCUCAUCGACCUCCCCAGCAGCUACUACAAACACACCUGCGGCCUCUGCGGCAACUUCAACCUCAAGCCCGAGGACGACGUCCCCCAAAGCGGCGGCGACGCCGCCGUGGUGGCCUGGGCCAAAGGCUGGAAAGUCCCCGACGACGAUGACCCGUUUUGUUGGGAUUAUUGCGAAGGCGCCUGCCCGGUGUGCGAGGAGGAGAAAAAGGAGCUGUAUGGGGGCAACCAGUAUUGCGGUCUCAUCAAAAAAAGCUUCCAGGGGCCCUUCAAGGCUUGCCACGACGUCGUCAAGCCCCGGGAUUUCUACCGCGACUGCCUCUACGAUGUGUGCAUGAGCGACGGGGCGAAGAAAAUCCUCUGCCAGGUGCUGGAGGCUUACGCGUCCACCUGCAAGAAGCACGGGGCCGUCAUGCACGACUGGAGGACGCCGUCAGGCUGCCCGUUACCCUGCCCCAAAAACAGCCACUACGAAGCCUGUGGCAACGCCUGCCCGGCCACGUGCACCAACCGGGAUGCACCCGCCGCUUGCACCCAGCCCUGCGUGGAGACCUGCGCCUGCAACGAGGGCUACGUCCUCAGCGGCGGCCAGUGCGUGGCGGUGGCCAACUGCGGCUGCACCCACGAGGGUCGCUACUACAGUCCCGGUGAAGAGUUUUGGGCCGAUAAGACCUGCCAAUCUUGGUGCAGGUGUGACGCGGAUUUGGGCAUGGUGGUGUGCCAGAAAGCCGGUUGCAAGUUGGGCGAGAAGUGCGCCGUGGUGAAGGGCGUGCGGCGGUGCGUGGCCAAGAGCCGCUCCACCUGCGUGGCCACCGGCGACCCCCAUUACACCACCUUCGAUGGGCACCGCUAUGAUUUCAUGGGCACCUGCGUCUACCAGUUGGCUGCCCUCUGCUCCAACGACCCCAGCCUCAUCCCCUUCACCGUCACCGUGGAGAACGACAACCGGGGCAGCCGCGUGGUCUCCUACACCAAGGAGGUCACGCUGAAAGUCUACAACAUGACCCUCAGCCUCAGCAAGACGUACCCCCAGAAGCUCAAGGUCAACGGAAUCCUGGUGGAUCUGCCCUUCAACCACGGCGACAAGCUCCAGGUCUACCUCAGCGGCGUCCACGGCUUCAUCAAGACUGACUUUGAGGUCAUCGUCACCUUCGACUGGUACAGCUACGCCAGAGUCAUCCUCCCCAACACCUACUCCGGGGCUGUCUGCGGCCUUUGCGGCAACGCCGACGGUGACCCCCAGGAUGACUUCGCUUUGCCCGACGGGCGGCCAGCUCCCGACGAAAUCCAAUUUGCCGACUCCUGGAAGGUGGCCGACGUCCCCGGUUGCUGGGCCGGUUGCACCGAGGGCUGCAAAGUUUGCACCGAAGCGGAGAAACGUGCCUACCGGGGCGACAAACACUGCGGGCUCCUGGUGAAGAAGCAAGGACCCUUCACCGCCUGCCACAGCGCCAUCGACCCGGCCCCCUACUUUGCCGAUUGCCUCUUCGACACGUGCCUCUACGAGGGGCAUCAGGAAAUGGUCUGCCACUCCGUCAGGGCCUACGUCACCGCCUGCCAGAGCCAGGGCAUCCGCGUCAGGCCGUGGCGCACCGCCGCCUUCUGCA